AUGGAGGCGCUCGCAGCGGUGCAUCCGGCGCAGCUACAGCUAGGGCCCGACAUACCGGUGGCGCUGCGGCGGUGGACCGUCGCCGACCGCCGGUUCCUGCUGGUGGUGCCCGACAUCGAUGCAGUCAUGGAGAUGUACCUAGCAGCAGGCCACUGGGAUAGAGAUCCGUACUGGUGCGAGCCCUGGCCCAGCGCUUUGGCCAUGGCAGAAGAGCUGCUGCAGCGGCCAGACCUGGUGGCGGGCAAGCGCGUCUGCGAGCUGGGAUGCGGCCUGGGGCUGGCGGGGCUGGCGGCCGCCGUGGCAGGCGCCGCGGAGGUUGUGCUGCUAGACCGAGAGCCGCUGGCACUGCAGUGCGCACUGCUGAAUGCCGCGCUCAACGGCCUGCCCACCACAACCGCGUCGCCGCCAGCAGCCGCAGCAGGCUCGGCAGCCGCGGCGCCAGGAGCGACCGCUGGCAGCAUGGGCAGCGGCGCCAGCAGCGGGGUGCAGGCUCUGAGCUUGCAGCAGCUGCUGCCGCACCUGCAGGCGGCGGAUGCAGAGCAGGUGGUCGAGCAGCAGCGGCUUCUAGAGGAGCAGCGUCAGGCGCAGGCGGAGGCUGCCUCUGCGUCUGGAGGGCGCAACGGCGGCAGCGCUGGCGGCAGCAGUCGUGGCGUGGUGCGGGCCGAGGUGUUUGAUUGGAGCCAGCCCGUGGCCAUCAGCCCGCACCACGUCAUGCUCGUCUGCGACUGCUUGUACGAAGCCUUCUCGGUUCAGCCCGUGGCCGCGGUGGCGCCCAAGCUGCUGACACGGGACGGCAGCCGGCUGCUGCUGGCAGACCCGCCGGACCGCGCCCGCCACAACCGCGAGUGCUUCCUGGACCUGCUGUGCGAGGAGGGCGGGGAGUUUAUGGUGGAGGAGAGCGGGGAGAAGGGGGUGCAGGUGUACGAGGCCAGCAAGGGGGAGUCCAGGCGCGUGCCCGUGGCGAUGAUGCACCUGCGGCGGGCCGCCGGCGGCGACACCGUGGGCCCCAAGCUGGGGCGCAGCGGCCGGCAGGCGGCGGCGGGAGGAGGCUGA